UCGGGUGUCGCCUGAGAACCGGAUGAGGCGGCGACCGUGAGGCCGAGCCGGGAGCGGGCGUCUUGCCGAGGCCCGGGCGGGCGGGGAGCAACGGCUACAGACGCCGCGGGGCCAGGUCGUUGAGGGUCGGCGGCGGGCGAGGAGCGCAGGGCGCUCGGGCCGGGGGCCGCCGGCGCCAUGGGCAACCGCGGGAUGGAAGAGCUGAUCCCGCUGGUCAACAAACUGCAGGACGCCUUCAGCUCCAUCGGCCAGAGCUGCCACCUGGACCUGCCACAGAUCGCUGUAGUGGGCGGCCAGAGCGCCGGCAAGAGCUCGGUGCUGGAGAACUUCGUGGGCCGGGACUUCCUUCCCCGCGGUUCAGGAAUCGUCACCCGGCGGCCUCUCAUUCUGCAGCUCAUCUUCUCAAAAACAGAAUAUGCCGAGUUUUUGCACUGCAAGUCCAAAAAGUUUACAGACUUUGAUGAAGUCCGGCAGGAGAUUGAAGCAGAGACCGACAGGGUGACGGGGACCAACAAAGGCAUCUCCCCAGUGCCCAUCAACCUUCGAGUCUACUCGCCACACGUGUUGAACUUGACCCUCAUCGACCUCCCGGGUAUCACCAAGGUGCCCGUGGGCGACCAGCCUCCAGACAUCGAGUACCAGAUCAAGGACAUGAUCCUGCAGUUCAUCAGCCGGGAGAGCAGCCUCAUUCUGGCCGUCACGCCUGCCAACAUGGACCUGGCCAACUCCGACGCCCUCAAGCUGGCCAAGGAGGUCGAUCCCCAAGGCCUACGGACCAUCGGUGUCAUCACCAAGCUUGACCUGAUGGACGAGGGCACCGACGCCAGGGACGUCUUGGAGAACAAGUUGCUCCCGUUGAGAAGAGGCUACAUUGGCGUGGUAAACCGCAGCCAGAAGGAUAUUGAGGGCAAGAAGGACAUCCGUGCAGCACUGGCAGCUGAGAGGAAGUUCUUCCUCUCCCACCCGGCCUACCGGCACAUGGCUGACCGCAUGGGCACACCACAUCUGCAGAAGACGCUGAAUCAGCAACUGACCAACCACAUCCGGGAGUCGCUGCCGGCCCUACGUAGCAAACUACAGAGCCAGCUGCUGUCCCUGGAGAAGGAGGUGGAGGAGUACAAGAACUUCCGGCCCGACGACCCCACCCGCAAAACCAAAGCCCUGCUGCAGAUGGUCCAGCAGUUUGGGGUGGAUUUUGAGAAGAGGAUUGAGGGCUCAGGAGAUCAGGUGGACACACUGGAGCUCUCCGGGGGCGCCCGAAUCAAUCGCAUCUUCCACGAGCGGUUCCCAUUUGAGCUGGUGAAGAUGGAGUUUGACGAGAAGGACUUACGACGGGAGAUCAGCUAUGCCAUUAAGAACAUCCACGGAGUCAGGACCGGGCUUUUCACCCCGGAUUUGGCAUUCGAGGCCAUUGUGAAAAAGCAGGUCGUCAAGCUGAAAGAGCCCUGUCUGAAAUGUGUCGACCUGGUUAUCCAGGAGCUAAUCAAUACAGUUAGGCAGUGUACCAGUAAGCUCAGUUCCUACCCCCGGUUGCGAGAGGAGACAGAGCGAAUCGUCACCACUUACAUCCGGGAACGGGAGGGGAGAACCAAGGACCAGAUUCUUCUGCUGAUCGACAUUGAGCAGUCCUACAUCAACACGAACCAUGAGGACUUCAUUGGGUUUGCCAAUGCCCAGCAGAGGAGCACGCAGCUGAACAAGAAGAGAGCCAUCCCCAAUCAGGGGGAGAUCCUGGUGAUCCGCAGGGGCUGGCUGACCAUCAACAACAUCAGCCUGAUGAAGGGCGGCUCCAAGGAGUACUGGUUUGUGCUGACUGCUGAGUCGCUGUCCUGGUACAAGGAUGAGGAGGAGAAAGAGAAAAAGUACAUGCUGCCUCUGGACAACCUCAAGAUCCGUGAUGUGGAGAAGGGCUUCAUGUCCAACAAGCACGUCUUCGCCAUCUUCAACACAGAGCAGAGAAACGUCUACAAGGACCUGCGGCAGAUUGAGCUGGCCUGUGACUCCCAAGAGGACGUGGACAGCUGGAAGGCCUCGUUCCUCCGAGCAGGCGUCUACCCCGAGAAGGACCAGGCAGAAAACGAGGAUGGGGCCCAGGAGAACACCUUCUCCAUGGACCCCCAACUGGAGCGGCAGGUGGAGACCAUUCGCAACCUGGUGGACUCAUACGUGGCCAUCAUCAACAAGUCCAUCCGCGACCUCAUGCCAAAGACCAUCAUGCACCUCAUGAUCAACAAUACGAAGGCCUUCAUCCACCACGAGCUGCUGGCCUACCUAUACUCCUCGGCAGACCAGAGCAGCCUCAUGGAGGAGUCGGCCGACCAGGCGCAGCGGCGGGACGACAUGCUGCGCAUGUACCAUGCCCUCAAGGAGGCGCUCAACAUCAUUGGCGACAUCAGCACCAGCACUGUGUCCACGCCCGUACCCCCGCCCGUCGAUGACACCUGGCUCCAGAGCGCCAGCAGCCACAGCCCCACUCCACAGCGCCGACCGGUGUCCAGCAUACACCCCCCUGGCCGGCCCCCAGCAGUGAGGGGCCCCACUCCAGGGCCCCCCCUGAUUCCUGUGCCCGUAGGGGCAGCAGCCUCCUUCUCGGCGCCCCCAAUCCCAUCCCGGCCUGGACCGCAGAGCGUGUUUGCCAACAAUGACCUCUUCCCAGCCCCGCCUCAGAUCCCAUCUCGGCCAGUUCGGAUCCCCCCAGGGAUUCCCCCAGGAGUGCCCAGGCGACCACCUCCAUCGGCUCCCGCACGACCUUUCUUCUGAGCUUCGUGGGAGGCCCCUCCCGCCUGUCUGGCUGCCCCCUCGGGGGCCGGUCUGUCCUGGCUGGUGUCCCUGAGCCCCAAUCAGCAGGCUCUUGCGAUUUUCUGACCAUAAUUUAUUGACUCUGAUGCCCAGGCCAUGCCACCCUUUGUUCCAGGAGGCUUCUGUCUAGACUUUGGCCAGGCCAUCCCUCAUUCCUGUGUGGGGCCCCUGCAGAAGAGGGGCCGGGGCAGGUGGUCUUCCAGGCCCCCUUCCUGGCAUUCUGUUACCAGACCUCAACCUGGCUUGGAGGGCCCAGGUUUCCUUGUUAGGCCCUGCCCCGCACCAGGCAACGCUAACACAGGAUGGGAGGCUUAGGCUAAGGCACAUUUACAGUAGAGGGGCCAGGAAAUCCGAGGCUCACGUUCGAACGCUGCAGUGCCCACCAUGUGAAUUUCCAGGACCGUCGGUGCAGCCGCUGAGCUGUCCCUUCUACAAGCCAGAGGUGUUCCCUGCCCGCUGAGGAUGGAAGGAGACUCACGGGGCCAGACCGCAGGCCCCGACUGCACACUCCCGUUUUGGCAGGAAACUAAAAUUGGGGAGGGACCCCCAAGUCUCAUAUGCACACACCCUGCUGCCCCUCCUUCGUCCCGUUCUUCCUUCCAUGGCAGGGGGCUACGUGGGCACCGGGCGCUUGUCCUGGAAGAAGCGCUUGAGCGUGCAGACCUGCAGCACGCCCACCAGCAGCAGCACCGCCACGUUGACAGCUGACCAGAAGUUGACCCGCUCCAAGUUGCCCUCUUGCAGGUUGCGGUCACGUGCCUCGAAGGCCCGCAGUAGCGUCAGCAUCUGGAUGCUGCGCUCCAGCCGGGUCCGCAUGGUCUCAAUGGACUCCUGCAGGGCAGAGGGAGGGGAAGGGUCAGGCUUCCCUCUGCCCAUUGGGAAUCAGAGACCAAAAAAACCGGGGGAUAUGGAGGGAGGCUGUAUUAACCCAGGGAGGUACAGCUGCAAACACAGACUUGUUCAGGCUAAGUGCAGAUCCUCGCCCUGCCACUCACUGGCUGUGACCAUCAGCAACUUAAUUAACCUAUCUGAGCCUGUUUCCUCUUCUAUAAGCUUCCAAAUUGCUGUGAAAAUUUAAUGCCUAAAUAAAUGUACAAGGACAAGCA